AUGGCUCUAUUCUGUCCCACUUGCCACAACAUGCUGCUGGUGCGGCAGGAGCGCACGAUGCAGUUCCACUGCCGCACAUGCCCCUACGUUUUCAACAUCAAGGAAAAACUGACCAGAAAAAUGCCCCUAACCCCGAAAAAGGCUGACGAGCCUCUCAACGAACAGCAAGAAGCCGCAUUCGGCGCCAAGGCUCCCGCAUCCUGCCCGAGCUGUUCGCACACUGAGGCGUAUUUCUACGAGAUUCAGAUCCGGUCUGCAGACGAGCCCAUGACCGCGUUUUACUGCUGCUGCAGCUGCCGGUUUCGCUGGAGAGAGAAUUAA